AUGAUACGUUUUGGUUGCUCCCAGCUUGUCAUUGAGCGUCUAGACCCUCUCGUCAAUCCCGGUACGUUGCCGUCGCCGCACGUCCAUCAGAUCGUGGGUGGGAACUCGUUCAACUCGAGCAUGGACCCGGCAGUGCACGAUCUCGUCAGAGACUCUACCUGUACCAGCUGUACGUUCUCUGAAGAUUUCUCUAACUACUGGACGGCGGUUCUAUACUUCAGGGCCCGCAAUGGGACAUAUAAGCGCGUACCACAAUUUGCGAAUGUAGGACUCCGACAAGAUGGUGGAAUCACAGUUUACUAUAUCCCUCCCUACGAUGGAAAGACGAAAGUGACUGCUUUCAAGCCGGGUUUCCGUAUGCUUGUCGGAGACGCCGCGCUUCGCAAGGCCGAUGGUAUGCAGCGCCAGCUAUGUCACCGCUGCUACACAACCGCGGAUGGCGCCGGCCCCGCUGGGGACACGGGUGGCGCGCCGUGUACCGGUUCAGAUACGCAGAGCUUACCCCCUAAGCCCUGCGCUGGCGGUAUUCGCACGACGAUUACAUUCCCUACCUGCUGGGAUGGAAAGAAUCUAGACAGCCCAGAUCACAAGAGUCACGUCGCAUAUCCUCGCGAGGGUACCUUUGAAUCAGUAGGCACCUGUCCGGAGAGUCACCCUAUUAGGCUACCGCAGUUGAUGUACGAAGUUAUGUGGGAUACAACACCUUUCAACGACCCGGAACUAUGGCCCGAGGAUGGCUCGCAGCCAUUCUUCUGGAGCACAAACGAUGAAACUGGAUAUUCGCAGCACGGCGAUUACGUCUUCGGCUGGAAAGACGAUGCCCUUCAGCGUGCUCUUGAUGCGCGAUGCAACAACGCUGUCUGCAGUGAGCUCAAGGUUCAGACGUCGGAAGAGGCCCUAAAGUGCACCAAGGCUCAAACGGCAGUGGAGGAUGUUGAUGGAUGGUUGGAAAGUAUCCCAGGUAGUUAG